AUGCCUACCGUCACAGAAACCUCCCAGAUUGGCUUUUCCAACAUCGGGCCUCUGACGACCGUCUUCACCCCGCCCGCUGCCUGCGCAACCGCCGCGCCUGACCUAUGGCUCGCCAUGUCCGAUGAGGAAAUGACUAGUCGCGUGAGGCCCUUUUUCAAGAAAGAAUGUGAACCGAAACUUCUUGACGAGUGCUAUGCCUCUGGCUUGGUGGAUGGCGCGGCAUAUUCGUCGGCCGUAUCGGUCGGUUACCCCGGCUUAGGCGUUAUCGGCUACUUCUCUCCCGCGAGCGCUUGUCCGCAUGCCCACACAACCGUCGGCGUGGCCUCCAAAGGCGAGGAUGGGAAGGUCAGUUCGUCGGGCAUUUUUGUGCCGCCUGUGGUCACCGAGGGCUCGCAGUCAGACCUUUGGCUGCAAAACCCGCCGUUGAAUGUGAUGAUGGAGGUUUUGGAUAAGAAUGAAACUGCCAUCAUUUGCUGUCCUCAGGACUAUACGGUAGGAUUCAACGGCGGCUGCUUCUCUCGCGUUGCGGAUUCUGUUUAUGGGGAGAAGACAGCAUGUAACCGGGUGAGAGAUGGGGGUUACACUCGCGUCACUGCCACCUUCACCUACAAUGACACUGUCGUCACGGGUGUUGUCGUUUCCGUCGUGGCGACUAGUCAGGCCAUAAUCACCAGGACCUCGACGUUGACCGAUUCCUAUAUUUCGGAGAGCUUUUAUGCUGUCGCUUCUCAGCCGGCGUACACCCUGAUCCACGGAGGAGCUGUACAGGAGACGACUGGUACUAGCGGCACAGCGGCUCCUACGCAGACGGGGGCUAGUGGGGCUAAUGGUUUCUGGAUGACGACUUCUGGAGGCGGUGUUGGUGUUCUGGCGACUGUCUGGGCGUUUGCCGCACUUGCUGGUGUUGCACUUGUCUUACCUUUGUAA